AGUGAGAAGAAAACAGCCUGAAAAAGUGAAAAAUAAUCCCCAAUUCCACUUUACACAGAAACCCUAACCAUAACCAAUUCAUCGCAACCGUUCCAAUCUCUCUCUUACUCCACUUUUCCUUCUACCUCUACUUUCUCAAUUUCAAUUCUCUAAUAAAUCCCCCCAAAUUCCACACCUUUUCACAUAAUUCACCAAAAAAUUCGAUUGGGGUUCGUUUCGUUCCCAUUUCAUGGACGACAUGGAAGACGACGCAAGGUACCCUCCAAAAUCCUUCCCUUUGAACCGACAGAACCCUUCCCACCGCCACAAACACCCAAUUAGACCACCCCCAUUCCACCACCACAACCCUCGCUACGAGGACCAAGAGGAUGACGAUUACGACGACGAAGAAGAACACGCCGAAUUCGAAAACUACGGAAACGAUGUCGUUGAUAACACCAACAACGAAGACGAUGACGACGACUGUGGUAACGGGGUCCAAAACGGGUAUUUCAAGAAGAGGAAGGUCGGGGUAGGAGGUUCCCCUGUUCCGACGGGAUACGAGUUCGCGCCACGUGUCAAAUACUCAUACGGCGAUGAUUGGUCAGAGCAUGCCACGUUCGUGCUGCUUGAGGUUUGGGGUGACAAGUUCCUGCAACUUGGGAGGACAAGUUUGAGGUCUGACGAUUGGCUUGACGUUGCAGAGAAGGUGUCUGACGAAUUGAAAGCUGAGAAGAGCGUUGCACAAUGCAAGAGCAUGUUGGAUAAGCUCAAGAGAAGGUACAAGAAGGAGAAAGGAAAGGUUGAAGAGUUAGGUUUGGGUUCUUGCAAGUGGGCAUUCUUCAAGAAGAUGGACAUGUUGAUGGCUUCGUCUACACGGCAGGAGUAUGGUCUCGCUUGUGGCGUCGAUGGUGGGGAGUAUGUGUUCAUGAACACAAGGGUGUACCUUAGUAGGUCCAAUGGGUUUGAUGAGAUGAGGGAUAGUCCCGGUGAGAGUGAGAGUGAUGAGGAUGAGGAUGGUUUAGAUGGUCAUGGUGUUGGGGUUGGGGUUGCUUCUGCGGCAAGGAGGAGGAGUGGUGUUGGUGGUGGUGAGGAUGAGGAGGAGGAGGAGGAGAGUUCGUUUCGUGUGCUGGCAGAUUCGAUUCAGAAGUUUGGGAAGAUAUACGAGAAGAUUGAGAAUAGUAAGAGGCAGCAGAUGAUGGAGUUGGAGAAGAUGAGGCUGGAUUUCAAUAGAGAGCUAGAGUUGCAGAAGAAGCAGAUAUUGGAGAGGGCUCAGGCCGAGAUCGCAAAGAUACAGGAUGUCGAUGAGGAUGAAACCGACACUUCUACCGAGAAUCUCAGUGAAUGAGGAAUUGGAAUCUUGGAAAAGGCAGUGAUAUCUUAAUAGAGCACAGCGCAACAGCUUUGAGGAAAAGAUUACCUACAAGCUGAAAUGAGCUGCUACCAGUGAGGUGUUUAAACUGUUUGUAUACUCUGGCAUUGAGGAAAUUGUUGCUGGAAAUGUAACUCUUGCAAGAGUAACCUGCAAUAACUUGUGGAGCAAUUUUAAUAAAUUGCUGCACAUUUAUGUAACCAUUUCUGUCAACAUAGGUGCUUUCAUCCUAAUUUAAGUGAUGUAAGUUUAGUAUUUAUUUGGUUUGACAAAACGUUCUCUAUUUUUAUUUUCAAUGUUUUCUAAUUUUAGAAUUUUGUAAAGAAAAAGUGAAAACAGGGAAAGUAAAACUCUGUUUUCAUUUUAUACUUUUACUCCUUUUUUUUCGCCACAAAAUCUUGAAACUAGAAAAUAUUGAAAAUGAAACACAAAUCAAUCAAGCCUUAA